AUGGCAAAACGCACGCUAGACGCCUUCUUCAAACCAACCCCUAGCACCACCGCGAAACGAGCCAAGCCAGACCCGGCCACAACACCGCCAACCGAGGACACAGGGCUCCCAGACACACACACCAGCUACCCAAUUGCAAUUCCACAGCUUCCGUCUCAUAUUUCCGUCAGCCUCACACAUGGCACACCAGCGAAACAGCCGCGCCGCAUCACCAACCAGCCAGACCUGGACCUGCUCUACUUCCAGCCAUACAUAGCGCGAGCAACCGCCAACGAGCUCUUCAAGUUCCUGCGCCGCGAAUUGCCCUUCUACCGCGUGCAGUACAACAUCAAGCGCGGUGGAGUCGAGACACAAAUCAACACGCCACGGUACACGACUGUCUUCGGGGUCGACGAGACGGCACGAUUCAUUCCUGCCUGUAGCGUGAAAGGCGCCGACCAAGACCAUGACCAAGCCCAAGACCAAGACCAAGACCAAGACCAAGACCAAAACACAUCCCCAUACUCCGAGGCAACCUUCCCCGACGCGGCACAAGAUGCAAACAGCCCAGUCCUCGUCGACGCACAAUCGCACGCCCCCGUCCGCAGCACCAAGUACCAAUACCCACCCCGCCCGAUCCCAACCUGCCUCAGUCACCUCCAAUCCCGCGUUGAAGCCGUAACAGGCGCCAAAUACAAUUUCUGCCUAGUGAACUACUACGCCAGCGGCAAUGACAGCAUCGCGUUCCACUCCGACGACGAGCGGUUUCUUGGGGGCGCGCCGAAUAUUGCCUCGUUGAGUUUGGGCGGCGAGCGUGAGUUUAUUAUGAAGCAUAAACCGGAGUCGGAGGGGUCGCAGGCAGGGACGAGGAUGGGUGGUGGUGAUUGUGGUGGGAUUGCAACGCUGCCAUUGAGUUUGAGUGGCCGUCACACAAGCACGACCACGCCACUACAUCUCCAGAGUGGACAUGCAAAUUCCACUCCCGUCCUACCGCAAGCACAACAGCUCAAAAUACCGCUGUGCUCCGGCGACAUGGUUGUCAUGCGAGGCCCGACACAAUCGCAUUGGCAACACAGCAUCCCGAAACGCAAAGGGCGAGCAGGGGAUGCAGUGCGCGGGCGGAUUAACAUUACCUUUCGGCGGGCCGUUAUACCGGCGGGCACGAAUAAUUACUAUCAUUAUAAUGUUGGAUGUGGACCGGUGUGGCGAUGGAAUGAGCAGAGGGGGGAGAUAGUGCAGACGGAGAAGGGAGAGUUGGAGAACAUAGAGUAA